CUUCGACAUAUGACCAUCCAUUCAUCCAUCUCUCAACUUUUCAAAUCUUUUGCAACUCAUAACUGUCCUUCCAAAUCCUCCGUGUCAAUAAUCUCCAACGUCUAGUACUCCCUCGCCGACCAACCUUCUCCUCUCCUGUUCAAUCUCCCCUUCAACACCGACCCCACCGUCGCAAUGGCCGGCGAUCCUAGAGCAUUGCUCCAGAAAGCCGACAAGGCCGCUCAAGGAGCGACAGGUGGUUUCAGUCUCUUUGGCGGAAGAGCGGAAAAAUGGGAAAAUGCAGCCGACCUCUACACACAAGCAGCCAAUGCGUUCCGGGUAAACAAGCAAAACUACGAAGCGGGUCAGGCAUUCGAGAAAGCGGCUUCGAUACAACAAAGCAAACUGAACGAACCGGACGACAUGGCCAACACGCUCACGGAAGCCUUCAAGGUGUACCGCAAGGAUUCCCCCAACGACGCGGCGCGAGUUCUCUCGACCGCCAUCCAACACUACACGAUGAAGGGAAACUUCCGGAGGGCGGCGACUCACCAGCAGAACCUGGCCGAGGUGUACGAGAUGGAGAUAGGGGACCAAAAAAAGGCCCUCGCGGCCUACGACACUGCCGCGCAGUGGUACGAGAGCGACAACGCCGAGGCCCUGGCCAACAAGCUGUACCUCAAAGUGGCCGACCUCGCGGCCCUCGAGGGAGACUACCAGGACGCCAUCUCCAAACUCGAGGCCGUGGCCAAGUCGUCACUCAACAACAACCUCAUGCGCUGGAGCGUCAAGGACUACUUUUUGAAGGCCGGGAUCUGCCACCUCGCGGCCGGGGACCUGGUCGCCACCAAGCGAGCCCUCGACCAGUACCGGGAACUCGACAACGGCUUCGCGGGCACCCGAGAAAACAUGCUCCUCACCGACCUCGUCGCGGCCGUCGAGGAAGGCGACCAAGAAGCAUUUGCCGAUAAACUGUUCCAGUUCGACCAGCUGAGUAAACUCGACAAGUGGAAGACGACCCUGUUGCUCAGGGUCAAGAAUGCCAUUGAAAAGGAGGAAGAGGACUUUUCGUAGAUUUUUACUGCCGCGACGGAUUGUGACACACCCACACACAUACAAGCAUAGGGACACGAGGGAAUGGGAAUGAGAUACGACGUUGACCGUGUGAAUGGCCUGGGCUCCUUUCCUGUCAAAGGUGGCUUGGCAUGGGACAUGGAUAGGCAUGGCUUAUAUGUCUAAAACCUAGGACCUGGGCAUCAAGGGGUUCUGGUCGCACCAACAGGGAUAAACAAUGAUGGGGCAUGGGAAGUCCUUUGUUUACCGAAGGACCAGUUCCAUUAUACGAGGACACUCAUGAUAUACUCGAUCGUACCUAGGUGAGAAGCAUGACGGGGGGUUCGAAUGGCGUUACGGUCUCAAGCUCGGUAGUUCAUGGGGCUUCGAGGGUACUUGAAUAGAUGCUUUGUUAUAACCGAGAAUCACCUGUAGACGUGGCGAAUGUGAGAUUUUACACG